AUGAGGGUAUGUACAAUUUUUGUGUACCUUUUCGGAGUUGUACAAGCUUUCAAUAUAUUGUUCAUACCAGAAAAAUACUCUGCCAGUCAUAUUUGGAGCAUGAUGCCGUUAGCAAUAAAACUGAGAGAUAGAAAACAUCAUGUGACAUUUCUUGAUUUCAAUGACAAGAGUGAUCCAACGGUUGAGUUCCCGGAAGGAAUUAGUAAUAUUCAUAUUAAUUAUACGGAAGUGAGCUCACAUUCUGAUUUUCUCGAGCGUAAAUGGAAAGAGAGGUGGAGGGGCUCUGGUAUAUGGAGAGCCUAUCUUGAAGUUGAAAAUUAUUUUGAGGAAUCCUACUUCUCGAGGAAAGAACAGUACCAACAUGUGUUGAACAAAAAAUGGGAUUUAGUUCUAGUAGACAUCAUGGACAAUAACCACGGAUUUGCUAUCGGUCAACUACUGUACAACUCAGGUGUUCCCUACGCUUUAGUGCACACCAGUGUUCUGUUUCAUUCUUUUUCCGCUGCAAUGAGCUUAGGAAAUAACCCCAUCUCACGAAUGUCCAUGUUCGCAUCAUUACCCCAGUAUAGAUACAAACCAUACAAUCCGAAAAGUUUUUAUGAGAGGUUUGAUCAGUUCUACGAUACAACUAUGGAAACCAUUAAUCUCCUCUACCGCCUUCCUCCUCACUUGCGUAUGCAUAAAACAAUCACACAAGAAACAUUCAGCUUUGAGAAAAUAUACAGCAACGCAGCAUAUUCCAUAACGGAUAAUAUGGAUGAACUUGGCUUCCCAUCUCCAACAUCUACAUCUUUGUUGUCCGCCGGAUCACAUUGUCUGGAGAGAGAUAAAAGUGGUCUUACAUCAGAAUUGAGUUCAUUCGUUAGUGAAAAAUCGGCAGGUAUUAUAUAUGUUGCUUUUGGUUCUGUUGUUGAUUGGGCCACAGCUCCGCAGGCAAAAAAAAAAGUUUUCUUCAAUGCAUUGAAUGAAUUGGAAGAAUUCAGAAUCAUAUUCAUCUAUUCUGGUAACGAUUAUAAGUUCAAGCGUCAUAUAAAGACAGUGAAGUGGGUGAAUCAAGCGGCAGUACUGAAACAUCCAAACACAAAAGUUUUUUUAUCUCAUGGAGGUUUGAAAAGUUUUCGUGAAUCUUUAUGUGCUCUUGUACCUAUGGUUAUACUUCCAAUAUUUGCCGAACAGGCAUAUAACUGUCGUUUGGCAGUAGAACGAGGUUUUGCAUUAGCACUCAACAAGAACGAAAUGACUGUUGAACAAAUCAAGAGCAGUAUUAAACAGGUGGCCCAUAAUGCUACUUUUCAUAAAUAUAUCAAACAUAAUUAUGAAAUAUAUUCGGACCAACCAAUGGAAGAAUUGGAUAAAGUAGCUUUCUCAUUGGAAAGAAGUAUUCGGUUGACCUCAAGAAGAAGACCCCAGUUUGAAAUUAAAGGUGUUUAUAAUACUUGGUUGGCUCAUUUCUACUUAGAUUGUUUCUUGAUUUUCAUUUUUUCAUUGUUUAUUUCCUAUAUGUAG